AUGCCGGCACAGACCUGCCAGAAGCAGUCGUCGGAAGUCCGCGGUCCUAACCAUGCAAGACACAAAACAGUCUCACAAUCCCUACCAGUCCGGAGCUGGUACUAUAAAUCUAACAAGCUAUAUGUGAUAAUAACCGUAGAGGACACGGCAAUAUUGCACAGACAACGGAGCAUGGUUACUCUCCGUGUCCCAAGGAUUAUAUAA